AUGGUGACCCUUCAUCUCUGUCUCCUCGUCCUGGCCGGACUGUGGGGCUCUCUUGCCAGCAAGGAUCACAAUGGCCAGACGGUUGAUCCCGAGCACCAUGACCUCUCCCAGAAGGCGCUCCUUUUCCCGAAAGAUGCGAACACCGAAUAUGUGAUAGUGGAGCCCAACACUACUGGGAACUUGGACAGCUACACCGUGUGCAUGCGGGCCCACUCAGACCUGAACAGGCCCUACGCCCUUUUCUCUUACGGCACCCGAGACGGCUCCCCUGAUAUCGUGCUCCUGCGCAAAACCCCUGGCAAAUACAGCAUCCUCAUGAGAGACUCAAGAUUUGAGUUCGACGUUUGGGGGAAGGGGUGCCCUUGCCACAGCAUGGAUCACGUCUGUUUGAGCUGGGAAAAGAAGACAGGCGUGGUGGAAUUCUGGUGGAACGGGCAGCCUUCCCCCCGUCAGGGCGCAUUGAAAAAAGCCUCCCUAAGACCUAAUUCCAAGCUCAUCCUGGGGCAGCAGCAGGGUUCCAGCAGAGAUAACUUUGUGGAUGAAGUCGCCUUCAAGGGGGAGAUAGAGGAUGUCAAAAUGUGGGACCGGGUGCUGACUGCCAAAGAGGUGUGCAACGUCUGGAGACGCAAGCCGGUCCCUGGCUCCACCGUUACCUGGGAAAGGCUGAGCUACACAGUCCACGGCGAUGUGACGGUGGCACCUUCCCUAAGCCAAGCUUGCGUGCCCUCAUGGUCCUGCCACUUUGGAUCCCAGUGUCCCGGUGCCCCCUGUGUUUGUCAAGAUGUUCCGGGCUCUCAGUAUCCAGACGAGGCUUUCCCUUGA